CUUUACUGCAAUUUCCACUCCAUUUCUCUCUUCUUUUCUACUGCAAUCCUAGGUUCAUUACACAUUUUUCACAAAAUCUCUCAACUUCUUUUCAAAAUUUAUGCAACAAAAUCUCAAUGGCAACCCUAGAAAGACUUUGUGAACUUGCGAAGAUGGUCCGUUCAGGCUCAAUCUUGGAUGUCCAGGGGUUUCUUGCCCAAGCUCAUGAUCAAGCCCUAGCGGAGGAGAUCAUCCAGGCUUUGAAGGAGUGUGGACUUCUCCACUUCUGUUCUUUCCCAUAUGAAGGCUACUAUGUAGAGGACGUUGCCGAGUUCUAUUUGAUGGCGACGGUUCAAGGAGCGGUUAUCAUCUCCGUCGUCAAUGGCCAACGCAUAGAAAUCAGAGAGGCAGAUAUAAGGAACGCAUUCAACUUGCCGGAAUCUGAGUUAGAUGUAGAGAACCAUGGCUACGAUCGGGAAGAGUUAUGGAACAGAAUCAGAGAAGAAGGGACAUCAGAAGAAAAGACGCUAAAGCCUGAGUUUCAUAGGCUUGUGUAUAUUGUGUGCAAAUGCCUGGAUUAUAGAAACUGUUUUCGGACGAUUGGGACGCUAAUAAGCGCCAUCAUGCAAAAAAUCAAGUUCAACUGGGCCAGGUUCAUCUUUCACACACUAGUACACUUUAUUACUAUUGCCAAACCUCUGGUAAACAAUAUGUUUAAGAAUUAUGUUGGCUAUGGCCUGUUAAUUGGACACUUGCUGAAAGAGAAAGGAGUGGUGCUGAGAAAUAGGAAAAAUGUUGGAAAUGAUAGAUACUUGUUCAAAGUAGUAGGGAGAAAAAGAGCCAGGACAACCUCUUCUAAACCAGUUGCAGUUGGGGCAAAUGCUCAAGAAGAUGAUCCUGAACUUUUAGCUGAUUUGAAAAGGGUCAAGGCCUGGAGAAGUUGGAGAUUAGCUGAAUAUGAUGCUCACUGUAAGAUUGCUCUAGAGAUGAAGGAAGAAGAGUUGUUUGCUCUAAACUGGUUGGGAACAAGAGGUGUUGCAGAAGCUAUAAGGCUGGUAAGAAUUAAUGAGGUUUACUUGAAUAAACUUGGUAAGAAGAGGGAUCAACAAGUGGCAGCAGACAAAGGAAAAGGCAAGAUGCCUGAUGUUAAGAGAGAAGGAGAAGAACAAACUGAGGGGAUUCUGCCAAAAUUUACUGAUCCUCGAGUUGAAAAACGAGAGAAGGAAAUGUCAGAUGAAGAUGAAUCCGGUAUCAACAAGGUCCUAAGACUACUUGUAGAUAGCCAAAACCAGUUGAAAAGCGAGACCGAAAGGACUUCAGAAAAAUUGAUAUUAGAUAUGCAGCAAUACUUUGAUGAUUUUCUGAAGAAGUAUAAAGCUGAGCAGCUGGAAUUUAGGAAGUUCAUCCAAUCUCAAAAUGCAGAAUUGCUGAGUGCCCUUCACCAGCAACAAAACAUGAUCAAUGAUGUGAGGGCUAAAUUGGAGGAUUUGAAGCCCAUCCUUGAAGAUAUAAGGAGGCAACAACUCCAAAACUCCGGGGCAAUUCAGUUCCUCUAUGAUGCUGCCAUAAGGGGGAAUGUAGCAUUCAUACCGGAGGAAGGAGUGAGUCAAGAGGCAGAGGAGGAAGAGUCUAUCAUAGAAUCAACAUGACUGCUUGCUUGACUUUGUUCCCUCUAUUGUCGUAGUCUUUCAUUUUGCUCUAUUUAGGCAGUUGGAAGAGCACACUAUAGCAGUUAAGUGAAGUCGUUUUGGAAUGUGCUGUAAUUAGUAAGUAAUGGGAGUGAGUGAUCAGAUCAAAUUACUCAUUUCUUCUCGUAGUUUUUGUGAACUGCUGGA